UCCCACGUGGUUUACUUAAAUAGGUCUAUGUUGAAGUUUGUUUUCAUUGUAGGUCUAAUAUAAAUGUACACAUUUUUUAACGGUGUGCCUUAAUUAAUUAAUUUAUUAACCUUUAAGCGUACUUGGUAGUGAGGCAGGAGUCUACAAUGGCACUGUUUAUGAUAAAUCGGUACUUGGGGGAGGAGGAGAACGGUGAAGCUAGCGCAGAGUCUCGAUCUAGAGCACUGCUGGCUAAACUGCAGGAACGAGCCAAAGCCAGAGAACAACAGAGCAUCUCAAACAUAGCAGACAAAGAUGAUGGCCAUCAGGGUAACAUAAAAGAGAAGAAAGGAAAACCUGGACCGCAAGAGACUAAGGAAACAACACAGAAAUCCCAGAAAAGAGGAAGUCAGGCUAGAAAAACAGAUUUUGCUGAUGAAGGUGUCAUUUUGACAAAGAAACGCAAAAAAUUAUCGCUAUGCGAUGAAAGUGCAAAAACAGGAGAUGAUGAACCAGAUAAUGAGAAGUGUGCAGAAACAAAAACAGCAGAGAAAACUGAAGGUGACAUUGAGAAAAGUAAGGACAUUAAAACGGACAUAAACCAACAGCUUGAUGAGUUACAUGCAGAAAACAACGCCUCCCAGACUGGUUUACAUAUCUUGGGUGGGUUCAAAGAGAAGACUGCGCAAAAGGUGAAAAGAGUUUUGCCCCAGUGGUUAGCACAGCCUGAUAUCAUUGAGAGGGACAUUAAGGGUAACCUUGUCCCUGUCAAUGAGGUACCUGGCAUUUGUCCAGUUCUGCUUAUGAAACUUAAAGGCAACGGGAUACAGAACUUUUUUCCAGUUCAAGCUGAAGUCAUACCUGCCAUUUUAAACAGUGUAAGCUCCGAGCUGCUGGUCGGUCCAGGUGGCUACCGUCCCAGAGACAUUUGUGUUUCGGCACCUACGGGAAGUGGAAAGACACUGUCUUUUGUUAUUCCCGUUAUACAGGCACUUUCUAAGCGUGUGGUGUGUGAGGUCCGUGCAUUGGCUGUACUACCCACCAAAGAGUUGGCACAGCAGGUGUCAAAUGUGUUUAGCUCAUAUGCUGAAGGCACUGGUGUGAAGGUAGUCAUGAUCGCAGGACAGAAAUCAUUUGUUGAAGAGCAAGCUCUGCUCUCUAAAAGCAGAGGCGGGGUUUCUUGCAGCUUGGCUGAUAUUGUUGUGGCUACGCCAGGCCGUCUUGUGGAUCACAUCAACAAACACAACAAUUUCAGUCUACGACACCUACGAUUUCUGAUAAUAGAUGAAGCAGACAGGAUGAUUGACAGCAUGCAUCAGUCUUGGCUCAGCCAGGUGACUAAAGCAGUGUACAGAUGCCAAGGUGACCCACAGAUGUCAGUCUUUAGAAGAAUACUGCCUGGACCAAUAACAGUGUCAAGUUUGUCUCCACCACAGAUGCCUCUGCAGAAGCUGCUGUUUUCUGCCACUCUCACCCAUAACCCUGAGAAACUACAACUGCUGGAUCUACACCAGCCACGUCUCUUUAGUUCCACAAAGACCUCUACAGACAUGGCCAAACAAAACCAGGAGUCAUUUCAGUUUCCUCAGAGCCUCUCUGAGUAUUAUGUCCCCUGCACCCUAAACAAGAAACCACUAGUCAUCCUUCAUUUCUUGCUUCGGCUCAAGUUCAGUCCUGUUUUGUGCUUCACCAACUCUAGAGAAACAGCACACCGACUCUAUUUGCUUGUGAAGCUCUUUGGCGGUGUGGUUGUUGCAGAGUUUUCGUCCAGACUAAGCCCAAACGAACGACAAAGAACGCUCAAAGAUUUUGAGCAGGGGAAGAUCCAACUAUUGAUAAGCACAGAUGCUGCUGCGAGGGGCAUUGACAUCAACGGAGUGAAAUGUGUCAUUAAUUAUGAUGCUCCACAAUACAUCAGGACAUACAUUCACAGGGUGGGACGAACAGCGAGGGCAGGAAAAGCUGGGCUGGCUUUCACUUUCCUUUUAAAUGUGCAGGAAAAGAGAUUCUUGCAGAUGGUAUUGGACGCAGGCAGUCCUGGCAUACAGAGGCAGAUAGUCCAACCAGAAAGUCUUAAAGGCAUGGAAGCCUGCUAUGAACAAACACUUGUUGAGCUUGGCAAAACUGUGAAGGAGGAAAAUGCAAAAAAGCGAUCAUGAGAAAAGAACAUUGCAACAUAUUUUGAGGAUUAUUUGAAUGUUUAGUGAUUUAAAGUUUUGAAACAAAGAAAUGAUGUACAUUAUAUGAACAUAAAGUAAUAAUCUAAAAUGCCUUUAAUAAAAUGAAAAUACGUA